ACCACCUGCCCUGUCAACCAGGGUGUGAACCACGACCCGCUCCCACACCUGCCAUAACACACAAGGGACAACCACUGGAUCAGAUAACGCUGAGAACUACGGGAGACAAGACGGUGUCUUUAAGCCAGGGACGCAUCUAUGUGGUGUUCACAACGCUCCCAGACCUCGUUCACACCGCACGUCAUUAUGAGGAACUCUGCGCUGUUACCUUUUCUGCUGCUCCUGGCUGCUGCUGCCUCGUCUGCUGUGCCCCCACACUCUCUAGCAAGGUUAGGGGCGUGGCCCUGCCCGUCGGAGGAGGAGGUGGCUCCCUGCACCUGCUAUGCUGACGACGACCUCAACCUCUUCGUUGACUGCCAGAACCUUCCCGACCUGGCAAUACUUACGGAACUUUUCCUGAAGCCUUUCCAGUUUAAAAAGUUUUUCAGAUUGCAGGUCAGUGACAGCAAGUUCGAUGGUGAGACACUUACGGCAGAUGUGUUCAACGGGUUCACUUUCCGGGAGGUGAUCAUGUUCAACAAUAACCUGAAGGCAGUGGAGACAGAGGCUUUCAGUGCUUCCAUCAACGACUUGACAAUCUUCGAAUUUUCUGAUCCUGACACUGAAUUUUCCCCAGCUGUCCUGAAUGACUUCGUGGAGCUUCGGGAGCUGGUGUUGGCAGUUAACUGUUCGACAAUCCAAAAUCUGAAAUCUGAUUCCCUCAUCUCCGUCACCAUCCGCUGUAGCAAUGAUGUCCACUUACCAGCAGAGAACCUCUUAUUGCCGGCACUCACAACCCUCCACCUGCGCAAGUCUCACCUCAUCCAGGUAGGAACUGGAAACUUUUUGCCAUCACCAUUGCUGCAGACUCUAACUCUCAAUGAAAACUUAAUUGAGACUUUUGAUAGUGAUGCCCUAAACUUCAUUUCAUUGCUAGAACUUGAUCUCAGCGAAAAUUUGCUUACAGAAAUGCCAAAUAUUAAAGGGAUGCAGAGUGGGGGCGAGGUGAAUAUAGGGUGUAACCCGUACCUGAAGCAGCUCAGUCAAAUUAAUACACAACCUUUGCUGGAUAACGACGUGACGAUCGUGGCUACAAAUGUUUCUCUGGCGUGUGACUGCGACCUCCAGUGGCUCUUGGGGGAAAACGACGACGACAUGUUGCUAACAAACACAGUUAAAGUCGACAUCGAUUGCUUAGAAGAUGGCAAUUAUAGUACCAUCAGGGACAUUCUAAAUAAUUUUUGUUAAAAAAAAGUGAGAGUUGAUGCAUUAGAAAGUUAAAUCCAAAGGAUGGUGAUACCUGGUUAAAGAUCGGCAAGGAUGUUCAUCCGAUGACACAAUCUCCCCAUUGAAUUGAGAAAGUUGGAGUGUUGCAACAAGAAAUCA